GAUGGAGCUGUGUGCGCAUGCGCGGGACGGUGGUGUAGUAACUCCUCCCAGCCGGCGAGGACGCAAUGGUUGGGUGUUGUAAUGGGGGCAGAGAGAAUCUAUGUGCGCGAUGCAAUGUGGGAAACGGCGGGUCUGGCCAGACGGAGCUGGGAGCGCGGCUGGGGAGGGGGAAAAAACUGUGAAAAUUGGCUCGGCUGUGAGGCGACUUUUAUUUUUGACACAACGCUGUCGGGACAGACACUUAACGGUUUAUUUUGAAUUUUAAAAAAUUCUGCUCAUCCGCUUGAGUUGAGGAAAAUGUCGGAAAAUCAGCCCAACAACCCGAACCGGGUGAGAAACAACAACCUGAACCCGAACCCGCUCAUCAAUGUCCGGGACCGGCUCUUCCACGCACUCUUCUUCAAAAUGGCCGUGACAUACGCCAGGGUGUUUCCCCCAUCCUUCCGGAGAAUGUUUGAGUUCUUCGUGCUGUUGAAGGCUCUUUUUGUCCUUUUCAUUUUGGCCUACAUUCAUAUUGCCUUUUCCCGCUCUCCAAUCAAUUGCUUGGAGCAUGUCCGUGAGAAGUGGCCUCGGGAUGGGAUCCUCCGUGUAGAAAUCCAACGCAACUCUAGCCGUGCCCCCAUUUUCCUUCAGUUCUACGAAUCUGAAAACUUUGCAGGCAUGGUAAAGGAGCCAGCAGAAGAUGAAGAAGAGCUGACCAUAGAAAUGUUUGACAACAGUUCUAUACAGUUUGAACUCGACAUAGAGCCCAAAGUGUUCUUAAAGCCCUCACUUGGAAAUAAAGCAGAAGUUGUAACGCAGGUGGUACAGAAUGAUAGCCAGGGGCUCUCAUUCACUGAGGCACCUAGUAAAGGUAUGCAGCCUCUGCAGGAAACAGUCUCCGAGUUUGAGAUGCUAACAAGAGCAGUUUGGCCACAAGAGGAAUACAUAGUUGAAUAUUCACUGGAGUAUGGAUUUCUACGUCUUUCUCAGAGCACCAGGCAACGUCUAAACAUCCCAGUCAUGGUAGUCACGCUAGAUCCAACAAAAGAUCUUUGCUUUGGGGAUGGGUUUAGCCGGUUUCUUUUGGAUGAAUUCUUGGGCUAUGAUGAUAUACUGAUGUCCAGCGUGAAAGCGUUGGCUGAAAACGAAGAAAAUAAAGGAUUUUUGCGCAAUGUAGUGUCAGGAGAACACUAUCGUUUUGUAAGCAUGUGGAUGGCUAGAACCUCUUACCUGGCAGCCUUCGUCAUCAUGGUUAUUUUUACAUUGUCGGUUUCUAUGCUGUUACGUUACUCUCACCAUCAGAUCUUUGUCUUUAUUGUUGAUUUGUUGCAGAUGUUGGAGAUGAACAUGACAAUUGCAUUUCCUGCAGCUCCUUUACUUACUGUGAUACUAGCACUUGUUGGAAUGGAAGCCAUAAUGUCUGAAUUCUUCAAUGACACAACUACAGCAUUUUACAUUAUUCUAAUCGUUUGGCUUGCAGACCAGUACGAUGCGAUUUGCUGUCACACUAACACCAGCAAACGACACUGGCUCAGAUUCUUUUACCUUUAUCACUUUGCAUUUUAUGCCUAUCAUUACCGCUUCAAUGGGCAGUACAGCAGUUUGGCUUUGGUAACGUCAUGGCUCUUUAUACAGCAUUCAAUGAUCUACUUCUUCCAUCACUACGAGCUGCCUGCCAUCCUUCAGCAAAUUCGGAUUCAGGAAAUGUUGCUGCAGAACCAACAGGCUGGGCAGGCCAACCAGACAACACUCCAGGACAACCUGAACAACAAUACUGCAACAGAUAGCCCGCAGCCAAGCCCCACAGACCAAGGCAACCCCCUCAUAGCUGGUUCCGGUACAGCCCAGCUCAGUGGCACUCCCAGUCUAGCAGACAGCAUUCAGCCUGGUCGCAUGCAGAAUUCAAGUUCUGAGGUGACACCAUUAAGUGGUGAUCUGAACUGGGUGGCAGAGACGGCAGCUAUCAUAUCAGAAGGCAUUGCAGCUCCAGAACGGAAUACAUCUACAGAGGGCUCCAGCAACAUGAUUGAGCCACUAAGCAAUACCCAGGAUCUUUUAAAUGAUUCUGGUGCCAUUGAACAUAUCCAACCAAGUGCAAGCCCUGAAGAAAACAAAACAGCAAUGUGUUCAUACGGUGGUGAUCUUCAAACAGAAGUGGACCAUGACACAUUAAAUUAUCGUACAGCUGAGAACCAAGAGGGGGUUCUCACUAAAACUGACCAUCUGGACAUGUCUCCCACACGAGAUAGUGAGACCUACACACUUCCAUCUCUGUGUGGUAGGGACACUAGCUUUGACCAAUCAGAAAUAGAUCAUGGAAGCCAGUCUGAUGUUUCAAACAGUUCAGUAACAGAGACAAGUGGUCACAGCGUUUCAAGAACCUCGUGACUCUUAUUUCUGUUCUAUCUGGCAAUUUGUUAUCGGAAGACUCUUUUGCAAAGUUCUCAACAAGUGUAUGGUAGUGUUUGUGGGGGAAUCGCUAUUACAUCGAGCGUUUUCAUUUGUAAAACCAAAAUAUCCCAGUGCUUUCAGUUGGUUCCAGAAAAUGGAGUGUGGAGAGCGAAGCAGCAUGCUGUUCAGUGAGCAUUAAUGGUAGGAGUUCGAUUGGAACAAUUAACUCCUCCAUUCAGUCAUCCUGUCCAUAAUCUUCAGCAUAGCUGUGUGUGUUACUGUGAUAUUCAAGCUACUAAAAAACACAAUCGGUCUGUAAAAUGAGGAAGACCUCUCCAAAAAAAAAAGAACACAGCUGGGUACAAAAAAAGGCAGUGUCUGAAUGGCAGUAGAAGAUGGCUUGUUCCUUUGAACUCGAGGUAUACAUGUAAGUUGAUUCCACAGUGCAAUAAGUUGAUGUGUAUUGAUUCUAUUCUGCAAAGUCUCGUUAUCUGAAAGACUUUUCAGUCUUGUUUCUUGAACUGGUGCCUAAAUACAGAAGAGAUUUGAAAGGUAGUAGUGUCAGAAAUUCCCUAUAGCUUCUAAUAAACUUUGAACCUAACUAAUUUGGAUCUGAUUCUGAUUGAUUUUUCUGUUGACAAUAUUGUACUUAAGUGUAAUGUAAGAGUUUCUGUCUUUGUAUAUAUUAAAAUAAAUGAGAUCUAAA